CAACUUCAAGCAUGUCAUUGCAUUGGAAAAACCUAUUCAACAAGAUGAACACCUUCCAAAGCUUGAAAACACCAUUCAUGGCAAUGUGUCUACUCCUUGCAAUGAUCACCGUGCCGGCGAUGAGCCGAGAAAUGCCUAUAGAGUUCUCUAGUGGUGAGCUUGCUCGUAUUGCCGGCUAUGGCGAAGAGAGGCUCUCCUCCGUCCUCGUCGUCGGUACACUAGUUUGUCAACCUUGUUCUAGCCCUGCCUCAGAUCCCUUUGCCUCCCCCAUCUCCGGUGCAAAAAUUAGAGUAGGGUGUAAACAUGAAGGAAAAAAGAAGAUGGAAUGGAUUGAUGGAAGUACAGAUGAAUAUGGAGAGUUCAUGGUGGACAUUCCUUCUCACUUGCAUGCAAUACCAAGACUUGAAGAUGCAUGCAAAGUUAGGGUUUUUAACGUGCCAAAGAGCUCACGCUGUGGAAACCCUAAUGCCAUGAAGAGAAAAGCACCAAAAGAGAUCAAGUUAUCAUCUGUUGGAAAUAGCAUCAGAGUUUAUACUGCUGGUACACUGAAACUCAACCAUGGAUCAUCAACCAAAUUAAGAUAUUGAUAUAUAUAAAUCAAUAUGAAGGUGUUGAAAUAAUGUCAUAUAUAUAUAUAUAUAUAAGUUCAUGUGCAACAGUAGAGGAUUUGUAUCUCAGUUAGUCUCUCGUUGCAAUUUUACAAUUUAAGAGUUUCACAUUUCAAUGUAUGUAUAAACUUAUAUGCAUUCGCAUGCAAUUAAUGCAUGGCUAGCUUUCUCA